AUGCGCGUAGCACCUCACCAAGCAUGCCGCCAGAUUUGGGCAAGACACUCAGUGUCCUGUCAGCGGCGGCUGUGUGGUAGCUCAUGCGAAGCAGCUGACUACACAACGCAUGUGGCUGAUUCUGGGCCUAUCAAGGCAGCUCAGUAUCGUGGCGUUUAUUGCAGCGUGAACCGGCAAUCCUUUGUUGCGCAGGCUACGCUGCAAGGACACAACCACUACCUUGGCACCUUUAAGUCUGCCGCAAAGGCGGCAGAGGCCUUCGAUCACUUCUUGAGACACAAUUGUGCGGCGGACAAGCUGCGGCUGAAAAAGUCCUUGAACUUCCCAUCUGCGGAAGAGGCUGCUUACCAAGAAACACGUGAGCAAGCGCGCGACCGCGGCCUCAAACUGAACGGCAACAACCACCAGAAAGAAGCUCAAGCGUUCAAGAUUCUGGAUGCUGCCUUUGCAGAAUCUUUCCGGGCAUCAGAACAUGAAAUACGGCGCUUGUCCGGUUCCUCUAAAGCGGAUGCCGUCUUCAUGCGCAAGGGCAGUCCUGAAGACUGUCUCCUGAUACAGCUCAAAGCAGCUUCUGGCCGGGGCAUCCACGGCCGUUCUCACAUGUUCAGCAACAUGCUGGGGUAUGCAGGCAUGGUCGUCUUCCUUGUGAGCUUAGAUGGAGGUUACCUCGGGGCCACUGCAGGGCACGUCCUUUCGAAAGACAAGCUGUGGAUCACCGUCGGAUGUCCAAGUGCAGAACGCCUUCAAGUGCGUGACGUGGGCUCAUUCUUGCUGACAUGUUUUGUAGACAGGCAGCAGUUUCCACAUACAUCUCUGGAGGAUGCGAGCUUGCAGUGUGCGUGUUAUAAGCACAAAAUUGAGGCAAAAGGGCACGCGCAGCUCCAAGCCUUGUUCGGCACGAUGGGCAUGCGUCUUACACACCCGACGGUGCACCAAACUACGGUAGAUUCUCUUUUGGAGUAUGUGUCCGAUUUUGAUGGGUCUUUGUCAAUAUUGCGUGUACAGGAAAAGAUAUCGAGCACGACAAGGUACCCACGCGCGUAUCUCUUCAAAUCGGGAGGCGUGUUUGGAAGAUGCAGUUACGCAGAAGAUGAUUUUGACAUCCUGGUGGUUGGCAUUAUGUGUGAAGACCAACUACAUGGAGCCUUCCUGAUUCCGAUGCCUGUGCUUGUUGAACACGGCUUGGCCGGUGACAGGGGUACCUCAGUGGCCUCAAUGGCACUUUUUCCGUCCUGGUGUCUGCCUAAGCGCAACGCAAGCAUAUUGAAAUAUUCAUGGCAGCUCGACUUCUUCGUUGACCUCCGUGACCGGCAAGGCCUCAAAGUGGGCAAGUCGAUGUCUCUGAUGCCUCUGGGCCUCUCGGGUUUCUCACACAAGGGAUAUGGCAUUGCAGCCAUGAGGAUGUUGGCGAGAAGUGUGAAUGACUUUGAUGAGGGGUAUGGAGAGAUUGCGGCUGCGGUGCAUGUUGCCGACAAAGCCAUCAUACCGAACGUUAUCAACGCGGCAGCCUGGUGCCCAGCAUUCAAUGGUGCAAGUCGACUUCGCACCCCUCGGGGAGCUGAAGUGUCCGCUCCUAGCUUGGAAGAAGCCUACGACGACCCUGUGGGUCUAGGCAAAGUGGACCCUCUGCCCGGCCCGCCCAUGGUGCCUGGAAUCGCCAUCACCAUACGGGCUGAGGACGACAGUCUUUAUACGUCGGAGGACGUGAUGAAGUCAGGCCGCUCCGUUGCUGGGCCCACACAGUCUCCGAGGAGACCGCAGGGCCUCAGUCCGGGCAAUCGGAUCUCCCCAAGUCUGGAGACAAAGUCUAGUGUGGACCUCUUUGUCAAAUCUCAUCCCGCCAAGGCCAUCGAUUAUCCGCCGCUUUUAGACGAGUUUUCCCGAACAUUGGCUGCUCCUUACGGUGAGGAUCUCCAUCACGGGAGUAGCUCGGGCAGAAUAGCGUCGCAUUUGUCGCCUCUUGCCGGGAUGCUGGUGUGGAGCCACGAGGGGAAGUGCUUGAAAUGGAGAAACAAGAAGCUGCCAAAGAAGGACAGCAAAGGUCAGAAUCCAGAGUUUGCGCCCACAGACAUCCUGGAGCGCGAGUUCGAGAAUUGUCAAAUAGUUCCAGGCUCCUCCCUAGAGAUGGAGCUGAAGGAUGCUGGUAUUUCGAGGCGUGUGUUCUAUGGCACGCUGCUGCGAUACAACAGCUACAUUGAAGAUGGCGUGGCGAACAGCGCCGUGGCGCCAAUCAACCCCGAGUGGGUGGAAAAUGUAGGUUAUUUAGUUGAAGCCGAACGCCUCUUCAAGGAUCUGCCUAUGGAGGCCAUUGUGACUCAAAACGUUUGGUUCAACGGUGUGUAUUGGCACGGGGCCUCACAGGCAUAUGACGCAAGGGUGUCCUUGGCGGGUAAAGCACAUCUUUGUGGGCGCUUUGCUUGCGAGGAGCAGGCUGGUCUUGCAUAUGACACGAAGUUGCGCGAGUUGUGCAAAGAUGGACAUCGCUUGAAGCAGUCUCUGAAUUUUCCGUCUGCUGAAGAACUUGCCUUUGCAGAAUCCCCUGAAGACAGGCGGGCGCGCAAUUUGCAAAUGUUCGGUGAUAAUGAAGCGAAGGAGACAAAGGCAUUCAGUCAGGUGAUGGCGCGGUUCAAGGGGUCUGCGACAUCAUCGGAAUUUGAGAUCGUGCGGGUCUCCUCCUCUUCUAGAAUAGAUGCCAUGUUUCUGAAAAAUGGCUCACCGAAGGGCUUGCCGAUUCAACUCAAAUCAAGAAGUGGCCGCGGAGAUAAGGGUCACUACUACCAAUUUAAGAAUAUACACGGAUAUGCCGGAAUGCUUUUGCUUUUGGUUGCCUUGGACCGUGACAUAAUCUGGGCCAUGGUUGGAAGUCGAGUUGAUCGGGACAGUAUCGGGUUGACGCUGAACACCUCAAAGGAGUUCCAGUUUCGAGUCAGCUGUCUGGCCUCACUCUUAGAAUAUUGCUUUUACCAAAGCAGUGAGUAUCUUCAUCUAACGCUGGAAGAUGCGAGGCUCCAGUGCAGCGUAGGACAUGUUGUGGAAGAACAGGCGCGUAGGCAGAAGCAAGCUGUAUUGAGUCAGGUAGGCUUCUGGUUGCAGCCAUGCGCUCAUGGCGGCGUUGUCGAUUCAACGCUAUGUGGGCACGGCUGUGCAUAUGACGUGCAAGAGAAAGCGACACGUCAAAGACGCGGAAGAAGCGACUACAAGGUAAAUCUCAGAAGGUCAGGGGGCAGAGUGGGACACCGCGCGUACACUUCGGCCGAUUUUGACCUGCUCAUCAUCUCUCUUUUGGAUGGUGAAUGUCGUUUGGAGGGGCUCUAUCUGAUACCAACUAAAACCUUGGCGCAGCAUGGUCUUGUCGACGAGCGGCCUGUGACGCUGCACUUGUUCCCCCCUUGGGCACCUGCAAAGCACAAAGACGCAAUACAAAGGCACGCAUGGCAGCUGGAUCAUUUCGUUGAUUUAAGAGGUUGGGCUGGUGGUCAGCUCUCGGGUGAUCUUGAGGGCCGACUACUUCAGCUGCUGGAUCCAGGGCUUCAUGUAAAAUCGCCGCUCACAGGCUUAUACACCCCUUUCUUUAAUUCUGGGUAUCCAGAUGUGGCCUCUUCAAUGGCGGUGACCAGGCGGAUUAUGAUGGAUGUCACGGACGAAAUGAAAGCUGGGUACAUGCGGGCCUGCAAGCGAGCAAUCGCUGACUACAUCUUCAAG